AUGGUAUCAUUUCUCGUAUUCAACAUCUGCUCGAUCUAUUCGGUUUAUAAUAUUAUUUGUAAUUAUAUUCUUCAUAGUUAUGUAGUUGAUAAAUAUCGUUCUCGUCUUUUUUGUUUUGUAUUAACAAAUGAAGAAAAUUUGGAAACUCGAGGUCGUGCUGCAUAUGAGACAUGGAGGAAUCGAUGUGGUCGAUUUGUAUUUGUUACUCGAUUAAAUUCUUCAAAGCACUCUGAAAAAGAAAAUCAUUUUCUUGAAAAAUUUCGAUCGAUAAUUGAACAUAUUCCAACAUUACCAGAUGAACAUUAUUCGCAUUUGACAGAUAAAGUUUAUGCAUCACUAUUAUAUUUUUAUAAAAAUCAUCCUGAUUAUGAUUGGUGUCUUAAAGCAGAUGAUGAUACUUAUAUUAUUGUAGAAAAUUUACUUCGAUUUUUAGCUAGUACAAUUAAACGAUAUCCAAAACCAGUUUUAUAUGGUUAUCGAUUUCGUGAGGAUUAUUAUGCAAGCGGAGGUGCUGGAUAUGUAUCAACACGUCAAGGACUUGAAUUAUUUGCUUCAUACUAUAUAAAUAAGAAUUCAACAUAUUCUCAAUGUACUGUCAUUAUGGAAGAUAUGAUGGUUGGAAAAUGUUUAAAAAAAGCAUUUGAAUUAGCACCAACUCAAAUAGCAAAACAUUUAACAUUGGUUGGAGAAACAAUUGAUCAACAAGGAAGAGAAAGAUUUCAUCCAUUUAAUUUUCCUGUUCAUUUUAAUGGACCUUCGAAUACGACAAAAAGAGAAUGGAUUUAUUUUAGACCAUUUCAUCAUAAUAUAUUUGACUAUGAAGCAUUCAGUGAAACAACAAUUAGUUUUCAUCACACACAACCAAAUGAUGAUAUGUAUCAAAUACAUUCAUUAAUUUAUGAUAUUCGACAAUUUGAUAAACAAGUGUGCCUUUCACAUUUAUAG